CGCGUGAGCCAGUCCGGGACAGAGAGGCGCCCGUCCUCUUCCCUCCCUGGGUCCAGCACCCCUCUGAUCCGGCCGGUUCUUCUCUGGUGUCGGCAUGAGGUCCGAUACUACUAUCUGGAAUCAAGAAGCGCUUUGGUGACGAUCUGAGCAGAGAAAGUAUGAUGCUUGAUGAAAAGGUUCACGGAACUAAGGUCGGUUCAGCAGCCCGAGGUCCGUCUUUUUACAUCGAGAAUCUACUCGGGAGUUCGGACGGAGCACGGUCAGCGGGAGAGAACUCCGAGACCCAGGAUGUCAGGGAGCUGGUCCGUCGACCGUGUCCCGAUGUGGAUGUGCAGCGGCUGACCGAUGAUGGCGCGCGCAGCUGGGUUAGGCAGGCGGCGCGGAGCGAGACUUCCCCCCGCGCAGGAGCAUCGUCCAGCACCGGGACUCUAUCCAGCUCUGGGGGGUCACCAAUGGCCUCUCGAAGCACCGUGACAUCACAGACUGAGGCAUCCCCAUCUUUCGGAGGGUCGCCUAUCUCCAGGACCUCACCCACGUCCGGUACGUCACCGAACGCGGACAGCGGCUGCUGUAGGAGUCCACGGAAUUUGAGCGGCAAAUCAUAUGAGAACCCAGAUUCUCUGUCCACCAAAGGGCUACAGAGGGGUCAAGACGAGGAGAGCGAAGCACCGGAGGAGAGCGAGCGCACCAGCGGCGUGGAGAGCGGCAGAGAGUCGGAAGUGAAGGUGGCCCGAAAAAAGAAGACCCGCACCGUGUUCAGUCGGAGUCAGGUGUUCCAGCUGGAGUCCACCUUUGACCUGAAGCGCUACCUGAGCAGCUCAGAACGUGCUGGUCUCGCCUCAUCACUGCAGCUCACCGAAACCCAGGUCAAGAUCUGGUUCCAGAACCGCAGGAACAAAUGGAAGCGGCAGAUAGCUGCAGAGAUGGAGGCUGGCAGCCCUGCUGGACAUUAUGCCACCCAGAGGGUCAUCAGAGUCCCCAUGUUGUAUCACGAGAACACCAUCAGUCCGGUGGCGCUCAGCAGUAUACACCAAGUUUCCUCUCCUCUGGUCGGCUUCACCAACUCUCUGAACUACCCAUUGACUGCUCACUACACCAGCCCCAUGCCCUUCAUCUCACCACAGAUGACCGGACUGGUGUGACCGAGAAAACAGUUGAAUGAAAAUGCAUUUAUUUAACAGGAGAUUUCAUAUGCAACGUAAAUUGAUUUAUUGCGUUUCAGGUUGUUUAGUUGAAACAGUCCUUUGUCAGAAUGAGAUAAUCACCUGUCAAAUAUUUUAUUGUUCGCACUGGUGUGUUCAAGAUCGUACUUCUUUUUCAAUACAUUCAUCACACGCUGAUGAGCAACUUAAGAUAGGAGAUGAAGAGACAACUCAGACUGAAGCUGUUUUGUAAACAGCAUCACCAAGGAUUUCCUGCUAAGUCAGCCGAGAAGAAAGACUUGUGUUGCUAUGAUCACACAUCAUUUAUUUUUAAUCUUCGAUGUUUUGAAAGAAGGCUGCAUGUUGCAUUCUGUGAGUGACUUUUUUAUAUAACUCAAAACUGUUUCUUAUUGACUUUUGUACACAGAAACAUU